GGACCGAUAUUAUCCAAUGGAGUUGCUCGAGUUUGUUCCUGGAGAGGAGGAUCGACUUGCUAGCAAAUGGCUGAAUAAACUUUCCAACGAUUUAUCAAACAAACUAUCAAUUUCGGAAGAGCCGAAGAGUCCAGUAAUUAUUUUGAAAAAAGAUGAAGACAAUAAUUUUGAACUUUGGUAA